CCACCCUUUCUGUCCCUCCACCCGAGCCGUAGCGGCGCUUGCGGGGGCGGGGUUAAGGCCCGGAUGAGGAAGUGCGCUCUCACUUCCGGUGUCUGCGAAGAGUUUGUGGCUGUUGGAGCGCUUUGAGCCCCGGGCCGGAACCAUGCCUCGCAAAAUUGAGGAGAUUAAAGACUUUCUGCUGACAGCUAGGAGGAAGGAUGCAAAGUCGGUCAAGAUCAAGAAGAACAAGGACAACGUGAAGUUCAAGGUGCGCUGCAGCCGGUACCUGUACACCCUGGUCAUCACGGACAAGGAGAAGGCAGAGAAGCUGAAGCAGUCCCUGCCCCCAGGUUUGGCCGUGAAGGAGCUGAAAUGAGCCAUUUAACUGUAGGUUUCUCCAUGUUUGUUACAAUAAAAACCUGAACCGCU